CGGCACUCGGCCUUCAGCCUGCGCUCGCCCUCGUCGACGCACACCCAGGCCGAGUUCCAUCCGCCGCUGCCCUUCGCCAGCGAUCACCAGUCGCCGCCGCGCCUCAACCCCAACCCCAACCCCAAUCCCAGCGCCAACCGCAGCCCCUACAUGGCCUCGUCGACGCCGGCCGCCCCGGGCGCUGCCGCACACGCGCUGCCCUCGGUGCUCGCGCCGGCGCCGGGCCAUCACCAGAGCCAGAGCCAGAGCCAGAGCCAGCAUCAACACCCGCUUCACCACCAGCAGGGCCCGUCCGCCUCGCCGCUGCACCCGCCAGGCGCCUACUACCCGCCGCCUCCGCCGCGCUCGACCGUGUCGUCGGUGCUGUCGGCAUCACCGCCGCCUGCGCCUGUUCUGACGGCUCCCGAGCUUCAUCCUGCUGGCGGCAGAGUCUACGACCCAACGACGGACACGACCAAAGAGCGCCCCAUCGCCGCCUCGAGGCAACACGCGCCCCAAGUGGCCACGCCAAAGGUAAGCAGGCACAAGCACUCCAAUUCUUCACCUCCCCCGUACCAACCUCGCGAGCCGUUCCAGUAUCCACAGCCAAUUGACCAGCAACACCAGCCGUCGUCGUACCGCAACGGCGACAACAAUUAUCCAUCGCCUCGCGAGAGGGCCUCGUCCUUCACCCGCCGCCCGACCAGCCCGCUCUCCCUCUCGCACUCGCACCCGAGCCUCGCCACGGGCUCUCACAGCCCGCCCAGCCGUCACUCCCACAUGACCUCGCCCGUGUCCAGGCAUGCGCCCGCGCCGACGCAUGCCACCAACGGCACCUCCCUGGCGCCCAUCAUGAAGACAGAUCUGGCUGCUCCGUCACCGCCGAAGCCGGCUUCCAGCCGAGCUGCCGAUCCGAUGUCCUUCUCCAACAUCCUCUCCAACUCAGAGCCCGCUCCCGAGCCCGUAACCAGGGAACCUUCACCCAAGAAAGAACCGACCUUGGCCGCUCCCAUCUUUGAGCUUCGAGAACCGGACAACGACGGCGAUACCGAGAUGGAGAAGGAGGCUGACACCGAGCCCGAGCCUGCGCCUGUCAAGAAGUCGGAAACCGUCAAGAAGAAGAAGCCUGCCAAGAAGCCUGCCAAGGGCCGAGCGUCCGAGAUUCGGGGAGAAGACGCGUCCAAGAAGAACCGCCGCCCAUCCAUCAAGAAGGAGUCUCCCACCCCGCGACCGCCCUCGAAGCGACAGGCAAACGGCCAGCCCAAGCAGAAGACGUGGUCCAGCGAGAUGGAGAGGUCGAUUCAGCACCACGAGGCAUUGCUGGACAAGCAGGCCGAGUCCCUCGAUGAGGACGAGUUUAGCGAGCGAGCGUAUAAAGAGGGAGCCUUUAAGCGCCAGCGCAUCAUGGCUCAACUCGAUGCCGACAAAGCCUAUGCCCGGCGCGAACAGUUUGCCAACACCACUGGCAAGAGGCUAGCAGAACACUCGGAUCUGGGCAAGCGGCGAUACGACGACGUCUUCUACGAUGAGGCCCUCCAAGAAGUCCGCGAACAAGAGCUCUUUGCGGAAAAGGAGCGCAAGAAGGACAUGCAGCGAAAGCGACGGCGCGAAAAGUCCAUGGCUGUCACCAUCGAGCAAAAGGAGGCCGCCCUGGCCCGAGCCGAAGCCGCAGAAGAUGAGGAAGAGCGCCAAAAGCACUUGCGCGACGCCGAAAGGGCCAACAAGAAGGCCCAGCAGACCAAGCUCAUCCUGCAAAAGGGCAUCAAGGGCCCCGCCCGCAACGUCGAGCUCAACCUCGAUGGCGGCACCAUGUCCAGCUUCCUCGCCUCCGAUGCCGAAACUCCCAAGAAGAGCAAGGGCCGCGGAGGCACGCGACCGAAAAAGUCCAAGGAGCAGAAGCAGGCGGAGAAGGACUCGGCCGAGGCUGCCCAGGCCGCCCUGGAUGCCGGCGAGGAGCUGCCGCCCAAGGAAGAGGGCCGCGUCCGCAUCAAGAUCAAGGGCAAGUCCAAGGGCGGCGACGGAGAAAAGGCUGCCAAGGAAAAGGCCGAAGCUGCCAAGGAAAAGGAAAAGGUCGACGACGUGCCGGAUCUCGAAAAGAAAUUCAUCUCUAAGGGCUACAAUCAGAUUUACGAUCAGAUUUGGCGUGACAUGGCUCGCAAGGAUGUCAGCAAGACCUUCAAGCUCGCCGUCGACUCGUACGCGACCAGGGGCUCCAACCUCAAGAAGACGGCCAUCCUGGCCUCCAAGGAAGCCAAGCGCUGGCAGCUGCGAACCAACAAGGGCACCAAGGACCUCCAGGCCCGCGCCAAGCGUGUCAUGCGUGACAUGAUGAGCUUCUGGAAGCGCAACGAACGUGAAGAGCGAGACCUGCGCAAGGCUGCGGAGAAGCAGGAGAUUGAAAACGCCCGAAAGGAGGAAGCCGACCGAGAAGCCGCGCGGCAGAAGCGGAAGCUCAACUUCCUCAUCUCCCAGACGGAACUGUACUCGCACUUUAUCGGCAAGAAGAUCAAGACGGACGAGGUCGAGCGCAGCACCGACAACCCCGAGAUUGCUACCGACCCGCAGCAGAUUCCCGAGAACAAGCUGUCCAUCCAGGAGCCCACCGGCCCCCUGGCCUCCAGGGUUACCGACUUUGAGAAUCUCGACUUUGACAACGAGGACGAGUCGGUCCUGCAGGCGGCCGCCAUGGCUAAUGCGCAGAACGCCAUUGCCGAAGCGCAGAAGAAGGCGCGCGACUUCAACAACAAGGGCCUGGACAUGGAUGACGAGGGCGAGAUGAACUUUCAAAAUCCGACAGGCCUCGGCGACGUCGAGAUCGAGCAGCCCAAGCUCAUCAAUGCCCAGCUCAAGGAGUACCAGCUCAAGGGCCUCAACUGGCUCGUCAACCUCUACGAGCAGGGCAUCAACGGCAUCCUGGCGGACGAAAUGGGUCUCGGCAAGACUGUCCAGUCCAUCUCCGUCAUGGCCUACCUGGCCGAGAAGCACGACAUCUGGGGUCCCUUCUUGGUCGUGGCGCCCGCCUCCACGCUGCACAACUGGCAGCAGGAAAUCGCAAAGUUCGUCCCCGAGUUCAAGAUCCUCCCCUACUGGGGCAGUGCCAGCGACCGAAAGGUGCUGCGAAAGUUUUGGGACCGGAAGCACACCACGUACCGCAAGGACGCGCCCUUCCACGUCUGCGUCACCUCGUAUCAGCUCGUCGUGUCCGAUGUGGCCUACUUCCAGAAGAUGCGCUGGCAGUACAUGAUCCUCGACGAGGCCCAAGCCAUCAAGAGCUCGUCCAGCUCGCGAUGGAAGUGUCUGCUUGGCUUCCACUGCCGAAACCGCCUGCUGCUGACGGGUACUCCCAUCCAGAACAACAUGCAGGAGCUGUGGGCCUUGCUGCAUUUCAUCAUGCCGUCACUCUUUGACUCCCACGACGAGUUCAGUGAAUGGUUCUCCAAGGACAUUGAGUCGCACGCCCAGAGCAACACGAAACUCAACGAGGACCAGCUGAAGCGACUUCACAUGAUUCUGAAGCCGUUUAUGCUUCGUCGUGUCAAGAAGCACGUACAAAAGGAGCUUGGCGACAAGAUUGAGCUGGACGUCUUCUGCAACCUCACCUACCGGCAGCGAGCCUACUAUAGCAAUCUGCGCAACCAGAUUAACGUGAUGGAUCUCGUUGAAAAGGCCACCAUGGGCGACGAUCAAGACUCGGGAACUCUGAUGAACCUGGUGAUGCAGUUCCGAAAGGUCUGCAACCAUCCAGAUUUGUUCGAGCGCGCCGAAGUCACCGCCCCCUACUCCUUUGGCUACUUUGCCGAGACCGCCUCGUUCGUCAGGGAGGGCAACACCGUCUCCGUGGGCUACUCCAGCAGAAGCUUGGUAGACUACGAGCUGCCGUCUCUCGUCUGGACCGAGGGUGGCCGCCUUGACAAGGCCGGGCAGGACAACCAGAAGGCCGGCUGGCGCAACAAGGCCCUGAAUCACAUGCUGAACAUUUGGACUCCGGAACACAUCCAAGCCAGCGUGGACGCCGACAAGGCCUUUUCCUGGCUGCGCUUCGCCGACACCUCGGCUGGCGACGUCUACAAGGCCACCCACAGCGGCCUCUUUGACCGCGCCGUGGAUGAGCUCUCGAAGCGCGACAGGCUCGGCCCAAUGAGCAUCGCCUAUGAUGAGGACGACAACAACUUCACCCCGGCCCACUGCUUGUUCAAGAUUCGGGAGCGCCGCGACUGGCGGCCUCUGGCCGAGGUUACCAGCGAGGGCAUCCUGAGCAGCUUGAUGAACAUUGCUAAGGUGACGUACCGCGACUCUGGCCUGGGCCGCCUGGAGCCUGCUGGACGACCCCGUGCAUCGGCUCCGCCCAUUGAAGUCUCGUGCAAUAGCCCCAGCGCCGUCGCCGAGCACCGAAACGUCAUGUUCAACAUGCACAUUCGCAAGACGCUGUACGGCCCGACCAUUUACGAUGAGCAGGCGCUGGUCGAGAAGAAGGUGCCGAUGGAGCUGUACCCCGUCAACAAGCUUCUGCCCGCGCCAGACCACGAGAAGAAGCGCUUCACCAACAUUGCCGUCCCCUCCAUGCAGCGCUUCGUCACCGACAGCGGCAAGCUGGCUAAGCUGGACGAGCUGCUCUUUAAGCUUAAGGCCGAGGGCCACCGCGUGCUGCUGUACUUCCAGAUGACUCGCAUGAUCGACAUGAUGGAGGAGUAUCUGACGUACCGCAACUACAAGUACUGCCGACUGGAUGGUUCAACCAAGCUCGAGGACCGUCGCGACACCGUGCACGACUUCCAGACCCGGCCCGAGAUCUUCAUCUUCCUGCUGUCCACUCGUGCCGGUGGUCUCGGUAUCAACCUCACGUCUGCGGAUACCGUUAUUUUCUACGAUUCGGAUUGGAACCCGACCAUUGAUUCGCAGGCCAUGGACCGAGCACACAGACUGGGCCAGACCAGGCAGGUCACCGUGUACCGACUCAUCACCCGCGGCACCAUUGAGGAGCGGAUCCGAAAGCGCGCUCUGCAAAAGGAAGAAGUCCAACGCGUCGUCAUCCAGGGUGGCGGUGCCAGCGUCGACUUCUCCGGCCGCCGUGCUCCUGAAAACCGCAACCGCGAUAUCGCCAUGUGGCUGGCCGAUGACGAGCAAGCCGAGAUGAUUGAGCGUCGCGAGAAGGAGCUGCUCGAGUCUGGAGAAUACGAGAAGCAGAAGAAGAAGGGCGGCAAGCGGAAGCGAACAGAUGCCCCCGCCAGCUUGGACGACAUGUAUCACGAAGGCGAGGGCAACUUUGACGAUGGAAGCAAGCUUGGUGCUUCGGGAACUGCCACACCAGCGGAGAUUGAGCCCAAGGGCAAGAAGGGCAGAGCAAAGAGCAUCGGCAAGCGGGCAAAAACGGCUAAGCAACGCCUCGCCAUUGCUGACGGGAUGAUUGAC